AGAGUCCCUGUAUUUACUUGUGACUCCAGAGCAGAGCACAGGGUUAUGCUUAGAGACCCGCAUUGAAGUGCCAGCCCUCUCCUAUCUCACUCUUCUGAGCUCAUAUUCCCUCCUUCUCCAUCCUGACGAAUAGCUAGAUACAGAGAUACAACAGAAGCUACUUGUUGGAAGACCAUCUUAUGUUUUGAAGCUGGAUAUCUCUUGAUUUUAAAUGUGUAUGGUCAUUUUUGCACCGCUUUUUGCCAUCUUUGCAUUUGCAACAUGUGGAGGUUACUCUGGGCAACUGAGGGUUAGCGUGGACUGCAUCAAUAAGACCGACAGCAACCUCAGUAUCGGCAUCAACUUUGCCUAUCCAUUCAGGUUGAAUCGAGUGGAAUUUGAUGUACCGAUGUGUGAGGGAAGGAGACAAGAGCGGCUGUACCUGAUCGGAGAUUUCUCCUCAUCAGCUGAGUUCUUUGUCACCAUUGCUGUCUUCGCCUUCCUCUACUCGCUUCUGGCCACUGUGGUCUACAUCUUUUAUCAGAACAAGUAUCGUGAGAACAACCGUGGACCUCUCAUUGACUUCGUUGUGACGGUGGUGUUUUCAUUCAUGUGGCUAGUGAGCUCUUCAGCCUGGGCCAAAGGUCUGUCAGAUGUGAAAGCAGCCACUGAUCCAGAUGAGGUGGUUCUGCUCAUGUCGGCUUGUAAGGUGCAGGCCAACAAGUGCAGCUCAGUGUACGGUCCCAGGUGGUCUGGCCUGAACACGUCUGUGGUGUUCGGUUAUUUGAACUUCGUGCUGUGGGCUGGAAACAUCUGGUUUGUAUUUAAAGAGACGGGAUGGCACAAGGGAGGCUCAGCACGGUAUCCCGUUUCAUCCUCAGAAAAACAAGCCACUGCCUUCAACCAACAGGUCUACAGUCAGGGAACCUUUGAUCAAUCAGGAGGUGCUUUUACUGGAACAGGUGACUUUGCACAAUCAGAAUAUAGCCAGGUGGGAAAUUAUGCUUCAAGUGGGCCCAUCUCCUACACCAAUCAGUAAACCCCUCCCCCUCAUCCCUAAAAACAGGGAACCAAAUUCUAAGGGCAAAGUUUAACAAUGAGCACAAGUGAAAGAUGGAGAUUAAUUUAAAUGAUAUAUUUAAAAGCAUAUUUUAUUUCCUAUUAAACAAUAUUAAUAAAGCCUAUUUUUUGUCCUAAAUAUCGUUUGUAAGAAUGAGAGAGAUUUUUGUCUGUACCUGUUUGUAAAUGUUACUAACAAAUUUUGGCAUUUACCACUGAAAUAUCAUUGGUUGUUACAAUGCAUGUGAAGUUAGGAUGUCAACAUGAAGGUUUGCUUUCAUUUUAUUACUGUUGAUGUUUUGGGAUGUUAACUGAUUACUGUUUGUGAGGUUUUCCAGAAUUCAAAUCCCUAAAAUAAUGUCAUGCCGGUGGUUGUUGUAUUUUACUGUAAAAAAAAAAAUCUGUGGUCCAUGUUUAUAUGACUCGCUGAUGUUUGAACUGCAUGAAGUUGUGCCACAUUACGUUAAGUUUAUCUUAGUUCGGGAGGAGCAUGGUCAUGUAAUCCAACCAAUCAGCCAUUCCUCAUCUCUGUCCCGUGACAGUUUUUGAAGCAUCCCUCCUCCACCCCAUCCCCUCACUCUCAGAUAUUACAUCUAUCCCAGUUAAAGGGAGGGGGGGUACACUGGGUUCAGGCUACAAUUCUAUGCUUGGAGCAGCACAGUACGCCAAAUAUGCUUUAUCUCAUUCCCUAUUGAUUACAUGUUAAUGUGAAUUUGUGAAAUGUGUACAUCAUUUAAUUGCUUGAAGUCCAAACAGGGUCGUAUUGUCUAUUCUGUGACUUGAAUUAUGAUCACAAGGUGAUUUAAUUGAAAGGAGUUGAUCGUUGAUUUCCCUGCUCUUAUUUUUUCUCAUAUAUGUUUCUUUUAUAAUGCAUGUUGUAUUGAUCACAACGGAGAAGAAAAAAACAUUGUUAUUCUGAUUGCUGUCGCGUUUUAAUGUAAACUGGUUUUCUGUCUUGAUAUAUUUGCAUUUUCAGCUUUGGGUGUGAAUGCUUUAAUGCAUUUUGUGCAAGGACAAUAAAAUAUUGUGCAUUCCUUUACACUAAAGUAAUUGGGCUGUUUCAUG